AUGUCGGCCGCUCCCGCUCCUCCCGCUCCUGAGACACAGUCGACCUCAAAACCAUCUGCAACAAGCGAUGCAACGCCGACGCAUCCCAACACUCCCAUGGCCAACUCCGCUGCCGUCCUACCCACGCCAGAGCUCCGUUUAAACGGCCGGCGCGCUUCCCAUGCCAGCCUGCACGCCGCCGCCCGCGGAGACGACGAUUGGGGUUCCAACUUUUGGGUCACCCUAGUGGACCCGCAGUCCCAAGUAUCCUUCUACGCGUGUCCUGCGACCGGAGACGUCAGUUGGGACCCGCCUGUGGGGAACUUCCUCCUACCUCCCAGUCCCGAUGGCGAGUGGUGGGAGAUGUUCGACGAGGCGAGCGGCUUGCCCUACUACUACCACACAAAGUCCGGGGAGACAGUUUGGGAGCGCCCAGAUGACGCUUUCGUUAUUCCACUCGGCGUCCUGCAAAACACCGCCCUUACACGCCGACUGUCCAUCACGAAUCGUAUGUCAGUUGUUGGCGAGAUGAAGGCGGUAUUCAAGUCUUCCGGGGAGCGCACACCCUACCGGCGAUCACGUUCUUAUGUUGAUGAGCAAGAAUCCCCUCACCACGGUAGUCCAGCACAGGCUCGUCGCUCGCAGUCAUCAACACGAGGUACCCCAACACGGACCCACCAAACACCACCGAGCCCCACCUCUCCUUCGAAUCGGAACGGAACGCAAGGGAAGCGGCCGAGUCGCAAGUCGACAUCGAGCGCCGACCACAUGCAACAAGGAUCCCAGGGCCCAAUCUCUUUCGACGGCGGACAUCCCCUCACGCCCAUCCCCGGCUCGCCGUAUCACUCCGAUGCAUCCGUGUCUCGCUCUGUACGGGAUCGUCGACAUCAUGGAUCUGCACCAACUACACCCCAGCAGAAGGAUAUGCCCAAGCCCAAGAAGGAUAGUCCUCCCCGAAAGAGCUCAACAGACGAACCGACUCUGCAUCGAUCCCGCUCCAAGUCGUCCUCGUACAUGGAAUACCGCUCUGCCCAGCCACAAAGUCUCUCUGCGGCCUUGGAGAUGAUUGCUGCCACUCCGUCCAACGGCAGUCCUCAGGAUUCGCGUCCCUCACACAGCGCGUCAGACAUGGGACACAGCACAUCGCGUUCGGACGCUGGACAUGUCCGGCGCUCCGUCUCUUCUCCCCAGCCACCAGACUCUCCACCUAAGAUGAAAAUCAACACAGAUCCGCGCCUGUUGAGCGGCGUGUCGCUAGGCGACAGCCUGCUUACCCCCGAGUCGCCGUUGAGGUUCAAGUUUAAACUCAGCAUGGACCGGAGCGUGCCCCCUACACCAACUCGACCCACUCCUGCUGCACCGCAACCGAGGAGGAGCAUCUCGAACCCGGUUGGUAUCCGUGGCAAGGAAAUCGGGAAUCCCGUACUCAAUCCAGGCGGGUUCAUCUACAUCCUCCAGCUGGUGGAUAGGAAUGGCAGGACACCAAUCCCCAUCACCAUCUACGACAAGUCUCCCCGCAGUCCAUCCCUCAACACUGGGAAAUAUCCCGUUUUACCUCACGACCUUGCUUCCGAUAUACAGCAGUUCGCAGAGUCUGAGUUUGCGCAACACUACUUUUCGACCCAUCGCACCGGUUUCAUCUUCAAGCGGAAGAUCCCCGUGGCUCAAUUGAUGACAUGGCAAAAGGGUCCAAUUGCGACGCCACUACUGAAUCUUAACCGGGCGUUGCAUAAGGACGCCGUCAAGACGUUUAGGAUCAUUCAGAGGGUAAUGGGUGACAGGGAGCGGGGCGGCAGCAUCACUCCCAUGGCUUCCGUCAAUGCGUCAGCCGUGUCGCUGCCUCAGUCUGCGGCGUCACACGUGUUGUUGGAAGAGCAACGCUGGUUGCUGGGAGAAGGACUCACUCAUGGGGAGCUCCGUGACGAGAUCUACUGUCAAGUUAUGAAGCAGCUUCACGGCAACCCUAACCCGGAGGGCAUCUUCAGAGGCUGGCAGCUGCUUUGCGUUUUGCUGGUCACCUUCCCUCCCUCAAAGAACUUUGAGGCCUACCUGCAGUCGUACUUUCAGCAAGCGACCUCCCAACACGAGGGUCGGAUCGACGUCAUGGCCAAGUACUGUCUACGACGAUUAGCGUACAUCUCAAAGAAGGGCCCUCGAGGAAAGCCACCGGGUGCUGCUGAGAUAGAGACGGCUUCGGAUGCUGCGUUCCACCCCUCCAUCUUCGGGGAAACUCUUGAUGGUGUCUACAGGUUGCAAGAGCGCAACUAUCCUGACAAAAAGGUUCCGAUAAUCCUUCCUUUCCUUGCCGAUGGUAUCCUCGCUCUUGGUGGAACAAAGUCCGAGGGCAUCUUCCGCGUCCCCGGCGACGGCGACCUCGUUUCGGACCUCAAGCUACGGAUCGACAAGGGCUACUACAGCCUUGACGGUGUCGACGACCCGCACGUUCUCGCCUCCCUCCUUAAGCUUUGGCUCCGCGAGCUAUGCGAUCCCCUCGUGCCGGACGAGAUGUACAACGAGUGCAUCACGAGCGCACACGACCCGCAGGCGUGCGUACAGAUCGUCCGGCGCCUCCCAACUAUGAACCGGCGGGUGGUGUUGUUCGUCGUCAGUUUCAUGCAACUGUUCCUUGAGGACAAGAUCCAGGCGGCGACGAAGAUGACUAGUCAGAACCUGUCGCUUGUUAUGGCCCCAAAUCUGCUUCGUUGCAACUCGGACUCGAUGGUUGUUGUCUUCACUAACUCUCAAUAUGAGCAGCAGUUUGUGCACAAUCUCCUUGUGCAUCUCAAGUGCGCCGAGAUCGAUUCUGAAUUCGUGCCCACCCACGGUCAUGGCGCCCUCUCCAUCUCAUCCUCCGCACCCCGUCCGUCCAAGGUCGGCAAACGACCGAAUCGACCGAACCACUGA